AUGCAGGCGGCUUUAAAGCCUUGGGAACGCAUAGCAUGGAGUCCCGAGCAUCAGCAAAUUAUCUAUCGAGAUUGGGGUCUAUUCUAUACGCACAAACAACAAUUGGAUAUUGCCGUACAUUAUUAUAACAAGUCGUUAGAUUUAAAGAAUUUCGACCAUAAGGCUCUAUAUUUUAGAAGUCGAUGUAAGCGUAACAUUGCCCAAACUGAAGGGGCUUUAGAAGAUAGUAAAGCAGCAUCAGGUAAUCUAAAAAAAAAAACAAUCGAUGAAAAUAAUGCACCCAUCAAUUUGGAAAUAUGUGAUGCUCUCUAUGAAUUAAAUCAAUUCGAGAAUUGUAAAGUAGAACUGCAUGAUAAUACGCGUAAAUUUUUUGGCAAAAAAGUGGCCGCAUUUCUUAAUCGUCUGAUAGUGGUCGAUGAGAAUUUUAAAGACUCGAUUGGUGAGACUCUUGGUCCAUUCAUAUUGAAAAAUGAGAAACAUUUCGCUGCUGUUCUUGAUGAAAUUGAACGUGAAAAAAAUGUCGAUGAUCGUCCGCUAUGGAAAAUUCUAAAAGAGCAGGGAAAAUGCGAUGUUAUGAGCAUUUUAGAAAAAGAGGAAAUUUUGCUAUCACCCCGUGAAUUGGCCCGUCGUCGUCGUGCUUUUAAAGUCUUCAAUCAAAUUUAUUUCAAUAAGAGUUGGAUUGACGUUAUCUUUUUGAAACAUUUGCGCGAGAAUAAAAAUUUAUUGCUGCCUCAAUCGAAAGUGUCGACGCCCUUUUUAAGACAACUUACUCAUACGAAAUACGAUGUUGUUCGCAAAUUUCUGAAAAUGUUACAAGCGCGUAGUCCUUUAUAUACGGAACAGUCACGCAAAUGCCCGGAUAAGGCAAUUUGGGAUAAACAUCGUGAAGCGCAUUUAAAUCGCGUCCAGUAUCAGACACGACGAACAAUGCUAUCACAAAUGCGUGCCAUACGUAAACUGCGCGAGGAAGGAGAAUUGGAGAAACUUUCGAAGUACGUGGAAGAAGUUAUGGGUGAUUAUGUUGUGUUGAAAACUCACCGCGUCAUGCCUUGGAAAUUCGAAUAUAUUAAUGAAGUGUAUAACACUUUGGCUUUGGCACACGCCGAUCGUUACACUAUACCUGAUGAUAUAAUACAAUCGCGCGAAAAAGAGCGUAUGUUGUUGCUGUUGCGCAUGCCUACCGACAAAUAUAAAGACGUUGUACAAUUUGUGUUCGGCGACAAAUCUACAUAUCAGGAACCAGAUGCCCCCGAUUAUGCCCUUAUAUCUUACAAAAAAUUUCUAGCUCGUUUAGAGAAACGUAUGCGUUUUGCCAAAUAUUCCAUAGAGAAAUGCUAUUUAUUACAUGAAAUUGCUCGAGCUCAUUUGGGUCAAAGUCGCUUUGAUGAAUGCUGCUCAGUAGCUAGAAAAGCAGUGGAGGAAGCUAAAAAUUGCAAUAGCGUUUUAUGGCAAUUUCUUAGCACUAUGUUGAUUGUUAAGGCACAUGCAGUCCUACACAAAAUCGAACGGGGAAAAGAGGCAUUGGAUGAGGCUUUUGCUCUUUGCAUGCGUUUAAAGAGUCCUGAGCUUUGUGCGUUCAUUGAAAUUUGUCGGGCAAUUAACGAUGAAGAGAUCUCGAUGAAAAAACGCACACAAUCCGUGGACUCGAUGCGUAAGCGACGUAGUCGACUUUCUAUUAGCAGUCAUCUUUCGUCUAAAACUAGCAUAGAUACGAACAACACGCAAGACGACUAUCGUUCAAACUUGCCACAAUCAACAGUGGAACAGUCAGAGCCUGUUCUACUUUAAAAGCGUCA